AUGCCGAUGCCUGGCGCCCACCCCACGAACGAGGAUCUGAACGGCUUCAAGCGUGGCGAGCACGUCGAGGGGCCGCACAUCUGCGAGCAGUACGUCUUCCAGGCGCCCGGCCAGACGACCGGUGUCUGGGGCUGGAACGACACGCAGGCGCUGUACUGUGCUGCGUGCGGCAGGCUCGCCUCCGACCACGUCGUGCUCGCCAAGCCGACCUUCGAGGAGAUCAAGAAGAAGCCGCCACCCUCGCUCCCGUCGGGCUAUGUGCUCGACUCGUCGCAGCUCCUCUCCACUCGCGCGUACCAGGCCGAGCGCGCCGCCUCGGCCAAGACCGCACUCGACAUGCUAGACGAGACCGUCGACCCGCUCGCCGAGGAGGCGCUGGCGAGCGCGCUGGCGGGCAGCCUCGGAGUGUCGCACGCGAAGCAGGCCUCCUUCGCCACCCACGGGACUGACCCCGCACCGGAUUCGGCACUCUGGAGGUAUGGCACGUAG